UGCUGCGGCGCACUGCACCGGUCAUUACGAGAGAAGGGGGGCGUCACGGACGAUUAGAGCCUAAAUUUAGAUGAAAAGAGGAUGUUCUUUAAGGUACUUCAACCACAACAUCCUCUCCUCGUCUUAAUGUCUCAUUGAACUAUCCAACAUGUCUUUUCUGCAUACCUAUGUGAUCCAUCCCGAAACAGAACCGGUUUCACCUGAUCCUCCGCUAUGAUCGCGGCAAGCGCGUUUGCUCAACAAAGGGAAUCCCGGUAUAGAAUCGCUACGGAAGGUCGGUCACCAUCGGUGAGGGACCCACACGCCUCUUUUAUUUUCCAUUUCAACCGUUUCGCUUGGUGGACAGCUGCCAACUAUUCUGGCUACCCUGGAGUCCGCAGAAAGCGAGGGCUGGGAUGGAGAAGUGUUGUCGCAGCUGUAUGCCCUGUCUGAAGACGCUGUGGGACUGCAUAUGGCCCGAGUUUUACUAUCCGAGCAUGGCUCGACCGGCCGAGAUCCGCACGGUUUCGGGUGAUAUCCGGGUCCCGGCUCCGAAGAGGAAACCGGCGCAGCUGUACGCGGCGCUCUUCGACUUCGAAGCCCGCAGUGAGGAAGAGCUGACGGUGAAAGAAGGGGACAAACUGUCUGUCAUAGAAAAGAGGGGAGAUUAUGUAUUUGCCAAGAAGCUGACGGGGUCACUGGAGUCCGGACUGGUCCCUGCUAAUUAUGUGGCCCUAGUACAGGAUGAAUUCGCUAACUACAGAUGGUACUAUGGGAAUAUAAACAGACAAAAGGCUGAUAAACUGCUUCUGAGUUCACAGAACAAAACGGGCUCCUUCCUGGUGAGGAUCAGUGAGAGCCACAGCGAUGAAUAUACUAUCUCCGCCAGAAGUGAAAAUAGUGUCUUCCAUUUCCGUAUUCAUCGCUCAGCGAUUGGUGCUUACUUUGUAUCUGACAAGAUCUCUUUUGGCACUCUGGAUGAGCUCAUCAGAUACUACCAGCAAAACUCCAGGAGUCUGGGAUGCCCCUUAGACCAGCCAUGUGAACAGCAAAGGGAGCUGUUUGACAUGGAGCCAUGGGAGCGGCCGAGGGAGGAGUUUCAGCUACUCAACAAGCUGGGGGAGGGCCAUUUUGGGGAAGUCUGGGAAGCUGUCUGGAUCACAAAGAAACAGAAAGUGGCCAUCAAGAUGCUCAAACAAGAGGACACAAAAUUGGAUGAGUUUGUGAAGGAGGUCCAUGCACUGAAAAACCUGCACCAUCCUAAACUGAUUGAGCUGUUGGCUCUCUGCACACGAGGGGAGCCGGUCUACAUUGUCACUGAGCUCAUGACUAAAGGAAGUCUCAAAUCGUAUCUUGCUUCACCGGAGGGUCAGGUGUUGACCUCUGCUCACCUGAUCUACAUGGCUGGUCAGAUAGCAGAAGGAAUGGCGUAUCUGGAAGAUCGACACAUUGUCCACAGAGACCUUGCAGCUCGAAACAUCCUGGUUGGAGAAGACCUGGUGUGUAAAGUGGCUGAUUUCGGCUUGGCUCGCAUCAUUAAGGAUAGUGUGUAUACCGCUAGUAGAAACACCAAGAUUCCUGUGCGGUGGACGGCUCCAGAAGCUGCUCUCUACCAGCGGUUCUCAGUCAAAUCUGACGUCUGGUCCUUUGGAGUGCUGCUGUAUGAGAUAAUGUCACGUGGAAAGAUGCCAUAUGAUGGGAAGAAUAAUAAGGAGGUGUUGGAGAUCCUGUCAUCGGGUUACAGGUUACCGUGUCCAAAUCACUGCCCCCCAAACAUCUACCGUAUUAUGUUGGAAUGCUGGCACGCGGAGGCUUCCAAACGGCCCUCGUUUCAUGCCCUUCACAGUCAGCUGGAAAAUAUCUACUCCAGAAUCUACUUCAAAACUAUUGAGGUGUAGAAGAGGUGGACUGAAACAGAAG